CCCACCACGAACGCCCGCCUCUCAUCCAUCCACGUCGCCGCCUGGCCCCACGUCGACGCCGCGAUCCUUCGCGCCCAAAAGGUGCAGGCGAGAUGGGCGAAAGUCCCCGGAGACGAACGCGUGCGUAUCGUCCUGGCCAUCGCGGACGCCAUCGCGAAAAACUCGACGCACCUCGGUAACCUCCUGACGCUGGAGGUGGGCAAAGUGCCGAGCGAGUCCUUAGGGGAGCUGCAGGAGAUUGCGGAAGUCGCCGCCGCCAUCGGCGAGCGUCGCGACGAAUGCGGCGGAUCUCUCGCACAUCCCAUUCGCCGGUACGAGUCGCGCGACCAAACGCGAAAGUCGCUCGGCUGGUACGGCGAGGAACGCGCCUUACCCAUCGGUAUCGUCGGGAAGACCACCGCGUUCAACUUUCCGUACGCGCCGUUCGCGUGGGGGGCGCUUCCGGCGUUGGCGACGGGUAACGGCGUCGUGUGGAAGCCGCAUCCAAAAGCGACUCUGUGCGCGAUGGCGCUGACCGAGGUCAUCGACGACGUGCUCCGAACCAACGGCGGCUUCUCCGGGCUCGUGACGUGCGUCGACGCGGGCGACGACGAGGCGUUGACGCGACGGAUGUGGCGCGACGGCAGGUUCGCGAUGUGGGAGUGCACCGGCGGCGAGGCGAUGGGCGAGGCACUUCUCAAAUCGCUCGCGUCUGAGGGCACACGCCGCUUGGGCGUUCGGACCCUCCUCGAGUUGGGGGGUAACAACGCGGUCAUCGUGCACGCCGACGCCGACGUCGCGCAGGCGGUCGAGUCGGUGUUGUUCGGCGCGACGGGCACGGCGGGCCAGCGGUGCACGUCCACCAGGGUCGCGUACGUGCACGACGACGUGUACAACUACUUCGAGAGGCUUCUCGUGGCUGGGUACAAGCAGGAGCUUCGCAUCGGGGACCCGUUCACGCCCGGCGUGAACGUCGGCCCGGUGUUCCACGCGGACGCGGUGGGAAGGUUUAAACGAGGCGUGGACGGAUGCAUCGCGGAAGGGUCGAUUCUCGUAUGCGGCGGCCGCGCGCUCGGCGGUAAUUUUGUCGAGCCGACGCUGUUCCGCGCCCCGGGAUUUAACCACCCGCCGACCGCCGCCGAGCUCUUCUCACCGGUGCUCCACCUCGUGCGGUACAGGUCCGGCCAGUUACCGGACGUGGUGAACGAUAUCAACCGCGGCGGACACGGGCUCUCCGCCGGCGUCUUCACCGGCGACGAGGACGUCUUCGAGACGGUGGCGAGCGCGUUACGGGUCGGGAUCGUGAACCUCAACUACGGCACGUCCGGCGCCGAGGCUGGCGAGAACUUCGGCGGCGAGGGUCGAACGGGGGGCGGGCGUCAGAUGGGACCGAACAUGUUCCGGACGUACACGAGG